AUUUUAGACUUUAUUCUGGUUUUCUUAAAAAAUAAUUACAGAUUAGUUAAAAUGAGUUUACUUUUUAGAUGUUUCAAGAGUUUGGCUUUAAGAAAUUUUUGCACUGUUCCGCCUGUUAUGUCUUUCCCAACGCCCAGAAUCGGAUUAGAAUUGGGUCUAACAGACUGCCGAGUGGCCGUUUUCAAUGAUAGAAAAGCCGAAGUGAUCAAGGAUGGUUCGAAGACUAAAACUAUUCCGUCUGUGGUUGCUUUUGCAAAAGGCGAUGACAUUAUUAUUGGUGAUGCGGCAAUUCGACACAAAAACUCUAAGAAUAUUUUUUUUAUGAUGGAGCUGGAAAAUGUCAAAUACAACAUUUUUGAAGAUUCUAAUGGCGAUGCGGGGAUUAAAGCAGCAAAUGGCAAAAUUUAUUCACCCAGAAAAAUUUGUUCUUUGAUUUUACAAAAGAUGAGUGAUAUGGCAGAAGAUUAUUUGAAAACGUGUGAUUUGGAGACGGUCAUUACCGUACCUUCUUACUUCAGUGCCGGUCAGCGUACACAAAUUGAAUGGGCGGCCGAAAUGGCACAUAUAAAAAUCGUCAAAAUAGUUAGUGAACACGAAGCAGCAGCUUUUCCCAAGUUCUCUAUGUCUUCUAAGGGAUUUACCUUGGCUGUCUGUGGCAUGGAAUUGGGAAUUUUAAGUAUUUCAAUUUUGGCAUUGCAGAAUGGUCUCUUUGAAGUUAAAUUUACUUCUAGCAUUAAUUUGAUUGACAACACAGCCUUCAAAAAAUUUCCUCACUUCAAAAAACCAAAUAGACAUUUAACUGAAUCCCACAUUGAUAAAAUAAUGUCCUUGUAUGCGAAAGCUUUAAUUGAUGCGAAGAUGGACAAGGAAGAAAUAGACGAUGUUAUGCUUAUUGGAACUUUGGCAUCUGAUCAUAAGUUUCGACAAAAAAUGGCAGACACAAUGUUUGGACGAAAGCCGGUGAUUGCAAAGGCUGAUGAUAUCUCAAUUGGCGCUGCUAUGAUAUGUGACAUAUUGGCUUUGCGGUUUCCAAGUAAAGAUUAUAAUGUUGAGAGAUUCUUGAAAGAAGCAAAAGCUAACCUUGUGCUUGAAGUUCCAGAUACUGUCUACGUUUGCGAUGAUGUUUGGAAGACUGUCCAUCACACCAUCAGAUUGUUAUUUGCCAAGAUUGGCAUUUUUGUAGCCACUCUUAAGGCUACCAAGAUUCUACUUUUCUACGCUUCCAAUUUUGCUCCCGCAGUUAACACAAAAAUACUGAUAAGACUUGUCUACGACUCUUCAAAAGAUUCUCAUCAUUAUGGUUUCAAUAGUGGCCUUCCUAAUUAUGUUAUAGCGAAUUAUUUUGAAACAAUCAACGUUUUAUUGUUGGACAUUCGAAGCUUGGACCACAACGAAGUUCGUAAAGGCCUUGAAGUUUUUUUAAAAGAUGUAGAUAGAUAUGGGAAAAGAAAGAUCAAGGCGAAAGACCUGAAGAUACCCAAGAUGGAAGUACUUUUUAAGGAUUUGAAUCGAAGUAUUAAUGGCGAGGUAAAGAAGGAAGAACAGAAGAAAUUGGGUGAAUCCAAAUCGGAAGAAAUUCAAUUUUUGAAAUGUGUGAACGUCACGAAUGAUAAGAAGGAAGAAAGUUCAUUCAAAUUGGUAAAGAUUCCACACUUUCAUCAAAUUAUUAAUGGAGUUACUUAUAAAUAUAUCUAUAUUGCCAUGUAA